AUGUCCCCUUCUAAAAUGAAUGCUACAGUAGGAUCUACUUCCGAAGUCGAACAAAAAAUCAGACAAGAAUUGGCUCUUAGUGACGAAGUCACCACAAUCAGACGUAACGCCCCAGCUGCUGUCUUGUAUGAGGAUGGCCUGAAAGAAAAUAAGACGGUGAUUUCAUCAAGUGGUGCUUUGAUCGCUUAUUCUGGUGUCAAAACCGGAAGAUCUCCAAAGGACAAACGUAUUGUUGAAGAACCUACCUCGAAAGACGAAAUCUGGUGGGGUCCCGUCAAUAAACCAUGUUCUGAAAGAACAUGGUCUAUCAACCGUGAAAGAGCCGCAGAUUACUUGAGAACAAGAGAUCACAUCUACAUUGUCGAUGCAUUUGCUGGAUGGGAUCCAAAAUACAGAAUCAAAGUGCGUGUUGUUUGUGCAAGGGCUUACCACGCUUUGUUUAUGACAAACAUGCUUAUUAGACCUACAGAAGAAGAAUUAGCUCAUUUUGGUGAACCUGAUUUUACUGUUUGGAAUGCUGGUCAGUUCCCAGCCAAUUUGCACACCCAGGAUAUGUCUUCAAAGAGUACCAUCGAAAUUAACUUCAAAGCUAUGGAAAUGAUCAUUUUGGGUACUGAAUACGCCGGUGAAAUGAAAAAAGGUAUCUUCACAGUUAUGUUUUAUUUGAUGCCAGUUCACCAUAACGUUUUGACUCUGCACUCUUCCGCUAACCAGGGCAUUCAAAACGGCGAUGUCACUUUAUUUUUUGGCCUAAGUGGUACCGGAAAAACCACUUUAUCUGCAGACCCUCAUAGAUUGUUAAUCGGAGAUGAUGAACAUUGUUGGUCUGAUCAUGGUGUCUUCAAUAUUGAAGGUGGCUGUUACGCCAAAUGUAUUAAUCUGUCUGCUGAAAAAGAGCCUGAAAUCUUCGACGCUAUCAAGUUUGGUGCUGUGUUAGAAAAUGUUAUCUAUGACGAAAAAUCGCAUGUUGUUGACUACGACGAUUCUUCUAUUACUGAAAAUACUAGAUGUGCCUAUCCAAUCGACUACAUUCCAAGUGCCAAGAUUCCAUGUUUGGCGGACUCUCAUCCAAAGAACAUUAUUUUGCUAACUUGUGAUGCUUCGGGUGUUUUACCACCAGUAUCUAAGUUGACUCCUGAACAAGUCAUGUACCAUUUCAUCUCUGGCUACACUUCUAAAAUGGCUGGAACUGAGCAAGGUGUUACUGAACCUGAACCAACGUUUUCUUCUUGUUUCGGACAACCCUUCUUAGCCUUGCACCCUAUCAGAUACGCUACCAUGUUAGCUACAAAGAUGUCUCAACAUAAGGCUAAUGCGUACUUAAUUAACACCGGCUGGACUGGUUCUUCAUACGUGUCUGGUGGUAAACGUUGUCCAUUGAAAUACACAAGGGCCAUAUUAGAUUCUAUUCAUGAUGGUUCAUUGGCCAAUGAAGCAUAUGAAUCUUUACCAAUUUUCAACUUACAGGUACCUACCAAGGUUAAUGGUGUUCCAGCUGAGCUCUUGAAUCCUGCUAAAAACUGGUCUCAGGGUGAGUCCAAAUAUAGAGGCGCCGUUACCAACUUGGCAAACUUGUUUGUUGAAAAUUUCAAAAUUUAUCAAGACAGAGCCACUCCAGACGUAUUAGCCGCUGGUCCUCAAUUCGAGUAA